CCAUUAAGGAAACCUUUUGGGUCGGGCCAAUCCGCAGCAACCCAAGUAGAUAAACCCUAAACCGCAUCAGAGGUCGUCUUCUUUCACUUCCAAAACCCUAAAUUUCAAGUGCCUCCUCUUUCUCCUCUCUCAAUAGCUAUUCUCACUCCAGAAACUCCUGUAGCUGGGGUUCAAUUCAAGAAUAGCCGAAGAUGGUGAAGAAGAGCAAAAAGAGUAAGAGUAAGAGAGUGACAUUGAAGAAGAAGUACAAGGUCAUAAGGAAGGUGAAGGAGCACCACAAGAAGAAGGCCAAGGAGGCCAAAAAGCUCGGCUUCAAGAACAAGAAGGUAGAGAAAGACCCAGGUAUCCCUAAUGACUGGCCCUUCAAGGAGCAGGAGCUUAAGGCCUUAGAAACUCGUCGUGCGCGUCAUAUCGAAGAAGUAGAGCAAAAGAAAGCUGCCCGCAAAGAAAGGGCCCAGAAGAGGAAGCUGGGGAUCUUAGAGGAUGAAGAUCUCCCCAAUUCGGAUGAAGUGGCAGAGGAAAGGGGUACUGAUGAUUCCACUGGAUUUGGCAAUAAUCGGGAUAGCUCAGAUAGGGCUUUCUACAAGGAGUUGGUUAAAGUUAUUGAAGCAUCAGAUGUCAUUUUGGAGGUACUUGAUGCUCGAGAUCCCCUGGGUACCCGAUGUAUUGAUAUGGAAAAGAUGGUGAUGAAGUCGGGACCUAAUAAGCAUCUCGUGCUACUUCUAAACAAAAUUGAUCUCAUCCCGCGAGAAGCUGCUGAGAAGUGGCUCAGUUAUCUGAGGGAAGAGUUACCAGCUGUUGCCUUCAAGUGUAACACCCAAGAGCAAAGGUCAAACUUAGGGUGGAAAUCCUCCUCAAAGAAAUCAAAGCCAAGCAACCUUCUGCAGACGAGUGACUGCCUCGGAGCUGAAACUCUUCUUAAAUUGUUGAAGAACUAUUCAAGAAGCCAUGAGAUCAAGAAAUCAAUUACAGUGGGUGUUAUUGGCCUACCUAAUGUUGGCAAGAGUAGUCUCAUUAAUAGUUUGAAGAGAAGCCGUGUUGUCAAUGUUGGUUCUACUCCAGGAUUAACAAGAUCGAUGCAAGAAGUUCAGUUGGAUAAUAAUGUCAAAUUGUUGGACUGCCCUGGUGUUGUAAUGCUUAGAUCUAAGGAAAAUGAUGCCUCUAUAGCUCUUCGAAAUUGCAAAAGAAUUGAGAAGCUAGAGGACCCAAUUGCUCCAGUAAAGGAAAUUUUGAAGCUUUGCCCAGACAGACUGUUGGUAACUCUAUACAAGCUCCCAAGCUUUGAUUCAGUUGAUGACUUUCUGCAUAAGGUGGCUACGGUUAGGGGUAAGCUAAAAAAGGGUGGUAUUGUAGAUAUCAGCGCUGCAGCAAGAAUUGUUCUGCAUGACUGGAAUGAGGGUAAAAUUCCGUACUACACUAUGCCCCCAGUUAGGAAUCAAGAGGAACCUUCAGAGGCAAACAUUGUUUCUCAGCUGGGCAAGGUGUUUAACAUUGAUGAAGUAUACAAUGCAGAAUCUUCAUUCAUUGGAAGCCUUAAGUCUGUUAGUGAUUUCCAUCCUGUUGAAGUCCCUCCCAGUUGCCCACUCAAUUUUGAUGAAGAUAUUGUAGAGAAUGAUGCGGGACAAGGACCAUCAAGUCAAGGUGAUGAAAGUCCUAGAGAUAUGGUUGAUAAAGAUGAUGACCAGACCAUGGCAUGUGAAGAAGAUGAUGCAGGCAAGACCAAGGAAAAGAAAACUACUAAAACUGUCAGGCAAAAUGAGAAAUUGUAUACAGCUGAAGGUAUUCUCAAUCCUAAGACAAAGAGAGCAGAGAAGAAGAAAAAGAAAAAGGCUAAAGCAGCCUCAGCCUCGGUGGACGCUAUGGACGACGAUGGAGACUAUGACUUUAAAGUGGAUUACAAAAACAAGGGAUCCGCCAUGGAUGCUAGUGAUGAUGAACUGGAGGAAUAGCCAGUACCAUAAAACAGAACUGUAUGAGAUCAGAGGGGCUUCCAGAUGCAUAACAAGUUCAGUCUUGAGCUAGCCUGUUUUUUGCCCUUUUUAAAUUUUUUAUGUAUGAUUACUACUGGUCUUCGGAUUUUUGGGACGGACGGAUUUACAUCUGCCUAAUAAUAGAAAAGCUUGAUAAUUAUUUGCAAAUUUAA